UAUGAGCUGAGGACAGAAAAAGCGAGGGAAAAGAGGAAAGCAGAGGAGUGUGAGAGAGAGAGAGAGUGUGAGAAAGAGAGAGAUAGAGUGUGUGUGAGAGAGAGAGAAGGAGGGAAUAGAGCAGAGCAGUGUGUGUGUGUGUGCUGAAUGAGUGGGCCUGGUGUGUGCAGUGUGUGUGUGAUGGUCUGUGCUGCAGUAUGCGCGGCCCGACUCUGUGCGUGUGUGUGCUGCUGCUCGUGCUCUCUCCUCCGCAGGGUAAAGCCCACCCGCAGUGCCUGGACUACAAGCCCCCGUUCCAGCCUCUUGAACCCCUGCUCUUCUGCAAGGAAUAUGCCAAGUUUGGGUGCUGUGAUCUGGAGCGGGACCAGCAGAUCUCCCGCCGCUUCCAGCACAUCAUGGAUUACUUCGAUCACACGGGAUUCACGGCCUGUGGGAAAUACAUCCGCAAUAUACUGUGCCAGGAAUGCUCUCCAUAUUCAGCACAUCUGUACGAUGCAGAAGACGCAAACACACCGAUGCGGGAGCUUCCAGGCCUCUGCGGAAACUACUGCAAUGAUUACUGGCUCCACUGUCGAUACACACUCAGCCUCCUGACCAAUAACAACCACACUUACGCUAUCGAAGAAGACCGAGGCAAGUUCUGCAAAUACCUGGAGCUGAAAGAUCCCGAGUACUGUUACCCAAACGUCCUGUCCAACGAUGAGCUCAAUGCAAAUCUGGGAGACGUCAAGGCGGAUCCGCAAGGGUGUAUUCAGUUAUGCCUUGAAGAAGUGGCUAAUGGGCUACGCAAUCCAGUAGCGAUGGUGCACGCUAAUGAUGGUACGCAUCGAUUCUUUGUGGCCGAGCAGCUGGGUUUUGUGUGGACUUACUUGCCGAAUGGUUCUCGGAUUGACAGGCCGUUCCUGAAUCUGACCCGAGCCGUUCUGACAUCGCCGUGGGCUGGAGAUGAACGCGGGUUUCUCUGUAUCGCCCUGCAUCCGCAAUUCACCAAGGUGAAAAAGGUCUACGUUUACUACUCGGUGUCUGUGAAGAGGCAGGAGAAGAUCCGCAUCAGUGAGUUCACCGUGUCCGAGUCAGAUAUGAACAUGCUGGAUCACUCCUCAGAAAGGACACUUCUAGAAGUCGAUGAGCCGGCAUCAAACCACAACGGGGGCCAGUUACUGUUUGGGUUGGACGGAUAUCUGUACAUAUUCAUAGGAGAUGGAGGAAAAGCGGGAGACCCUUUCGGAAAGUUUGGCAAUUCUCAAAACAAGUCCACUCUUCUAGGCAAAGCCCUGCGGAUUGACGUGGACAAUAAUGACUACGGCGCCCCCUACAGCAUCCCACCAGACAACCCGUUUGUGGGAGAAGCAGAAUCCAGACCUGAGAUCUACGCCUACGGUGUGAGGAACAUGUGGAGAUGCUCAGUGGACAGAGGAGAUGCAAUCAGCGGAAGCGGACGAGGACGGAUGCUCUGCGGAGACGUGGGACAGAACAAAUACGAGGAGGUGGAUCUGAUUGAAAAAGGAGGGAAUUAUGGGUGGAGAGCCAAAGAGGGAUUCUCCUGUUACGACAACAAACUCUGCCAUAAUUCAUCACUUGAUGACAUCCUUCCGAUUUUUGCUUACCCGCAUAAAAUUGGCAAGUCUGUAACGGGCGGCUACAUCUACAGAGGCUGUCAGAUGCCCAAUCUCAAUGGUCUGUAUAUCUUUGGGGACUUUAUGAGUGGGCGACUGAUGUCCCUAAAGGAGAAUCCUGAGACUGGAAAAUGGAGCUAUAAGGAGAUUUGUAUGGGCAACGACAAAACCUGCAGUUUCUCCAAGCUCAUAAACAGCUACUACAAGUACAUCAUAUCAUUCGGUGAAGACGAGGCCGGUGAGCUCUACUUUCUUGCUACAGGAGCGGCUAGUGCUACAGCCAGAGCUGGAGUGGUGUAUAAAAUAGUGGAUCCAUCAAGGAGGGCUCCACCAGGGAAAUGCAGCUUCAAGCCCAGUCCAGUCAACAUAAAGGGCAAACUGAUUCACUUCAAUCCCAAAGAAGAGUUUGUCAUCAACAAAAAACCCUCCACAACUCCCGCACCCAAGCCCAAACCCACCAAACCCAGCACAACCACUCGUCCCCAAACAACAACCCGCAGGACUCCUCCAGCGCCCACCGUCCGCCAAUCCACACCGCGACCACGAGUCCACCACACGAAACCUCCAUCCCUGACCACAGCCAGACCAACAUACUGGACCACAGCUCCCAGAACCACUGCAAAAACACAAACCAGCAGACCCAGCAAACGAGGACGGGGCAAACCCAGGAGGAAAGGGGACCGGCGGGGGCGUCCUCGAGCCGGGACGGUGAGGAUAGUCAGCGCAGAUUUACGGAAAGAUCGUGGGCGGGUGGAGAUAUUUGUGCGUGGGGAAUGGGGAACAGUGUGCGAUGAUUUGUUUAAUAUACAGGCGGCGGCGGUGGUCUGCAGACAGAUGGGCUUUCCUGUGGCAGUACGAGUGGCCAAAAGAGCCGAAUUUGGGGCUGGAGGCCUAGGAGUCCGGAUUAUGCUGGACGAUGUGGAGUGUGAAGGAACAGAACGCACCUUACUGCACUGCAAACACGCCAAACUGGGCAAAAACAACUGCUCUCAUGACGAGGACGUCGGGGUGGUGUGUGGACAUUAUGAGCAUGCAGUUGAGUGAAUGGGUGGUGAUGUGUUUCCAUCCAGUUUUAUGAGUUUUUGUUUUGUUUCUUGUCCAAAUAUCUACAAAUUCUUACAUCAAUGAGCAUUUUCUAGACAAGUAAACAACUUUGUCUUGUUUUCAGCCUUUGGAUGGAAACAUUGCUAGUGAUCAGAUGCAGGUUGUGAUGGAGGGUUGCCAGGUUUUCACAACAAAACUAAACCAAUCGCCAGCCACUGAAAACUGUUCGAAUAUACCUACACUUCCUGACAAUAGUCUUGUCGCCUAUCCAAGUUUUAGGAACCGCAAAUAAUAACUUGACUUCUAGUUGAUCAUUUGGUAUCAGAAGUGUCUUAUAUGAAAGGUAAAGGCCUCUAGAUUACGCUUAUUUGAGCACAAUAAAAUAUGAUCAUGUCUUGAUUAUUAAUGAUUUCAUUAGGACAGUAAGGUCUGACUCUGCUUAGACUAAAGUCUGGUGACUGAAGCUUCAAUAAUGUCCAGUAUAGAAUAUGUGGUCAUGCUGCAGUGGAAACAGAAUGAAUAUUGUGUCUGACUCCAUCAUGAGCUUGGAGGACUGCAUCCAUACAUCUCUGACAUGACUCAAAUCACUGAUUAAUAAAGUCAUCUGGAAUGGCAAAGAAAGCGUUCCUGCAGGACUCCCAGAGUUCAUCAAGAUUAGGAUUCAUCUUCAAGGCCUCCUCCUUCAUCUUACCCCAGACAUGCUCAAUAAUGUUCAUGUCUGGUGACUGGGCUGGCCAAUCCUGGAGCACCUUGACCUUCUUUGUUUUCAGGAGCUUUGAUGUGGAGGCUGAAGUAUGAGAAGGAGCGCUAUCCUGCUGGAGAAUUUGCCCUCUCCUGUGGUUUGUAAUGUAAUGGGCAGCACAAAUGUCUUGAUACCUCAGGCUGUUGAUGUUGAUCAUCCACUCUGCAGAUCUCUCGCACGCCCCCAUACUGAAUGUAACCCCAAACCCCAUGAUUUUUCCUUCACCAAACUUGACUGAUUUCUGUGAGAAUCUUGAGUCCAUGUGGGUUCCAGUAGGUCUUCUGCAGUAUUUGUGAUGAUUGAUGCGGCCAACAGAUGAUUCAGCAGAAAAAAAGUGAUCUACUAGAAGUCAAGUUAUUAUUUGUUGAUCCUACAACGGGGAUCUACGACAAGACUUUCGUCAGGUAGUGUGUUGUCAAAUUAUGAGAAAUUACCAGGAAAUGCCCCAUCACAAGCAUAUAAGAGUCUUGUGUUUUUGAAUGUAGAGAAAUCUCUAUAUAAAACUAAACUGUAAAAAUAUGAUUCACUUGUAAAACCAAUCAGUCAAACAAUUAAUUUAAAACCAACAUGUUUUCACAUGAAUCGUGCACUAUUUACACUGGUGUGAGUUGUUGACCAUCUUACACAAUCAAGAUACAAUUAUUAUUAUUAUUUUUUUUAUCUUACAUGAUUUCUGGCUCAGUGGUUAGCACUGUGACCUCACAGCAAGAAGGACACUGGUUCCCGGCUGGGUCAGUUGGCAUUUCUGUGUGGAGUUUGCAUGUUCUCCCCGUGUUGGCGAGGGUUUCCUCCAGGUGGACAAACACAUGUGCUUUAGAGGAAGUGAUGAACUAAAUUGGCUGUAGUGUAUGAGUGUGUGUGUGUGAGAGAAUGAGUUUGUAUGGGUGUUUCCCAGUCUUGGGUUGCAGCUCGAAGGGCAUCCGCUGCUUAAAACAAAUGCUGGAAUAGUUGGCGGUUCAUUCCGCUGUGGCAAUUCCUGAUAAGUAAGGGACUAAGCUGAAGGAAAAUGAAUGAAUGAUUUCUGUAUCCUUAAAAAUUUGGUGAAAUUACAUUUUUAAAGCAUAUUAACUUUAGCAGUCAUGAGGUAAAGUCUUUCCCCAUUGAGUCUUUUUCCAAUUAUCCAGGUUACCGCUAUGUAAAUAUUGCAUUUCUGUUGCACAUAUACAUUUCUCGUCUAAUUCCAAAUGAUUGUCGUUUUAAAACAAAUGCUGGACAUUCUUUGUUACAUUGUAAAGUGUAAAUAAAAUGGUUUGCAUAAUCA